UGGCAAUUAGUUUUUGAUUUUUGACUUUUGAGAAUUACCAUACCAAUGUUUAUUAUACGUUUAUCUACCUUUAAAUAGUAAUUACUUUUUUUGUAUGUACGCCCAUACGCUACUCUGAUUAUCUAUAUUUACAAAAAUCUUUUGGAGUAUUUGUAACACGGGGGAAAUAGAUUACAUUGAAGAGUGUUUACAAACGUGAUGAAAAAUGGAUGAUGAAAUUGACAUUGAAGAACAUGAUGUACUGGAUAAUCCUGUAAUCAAAAGUAUAUUUCCUGAUUUGACGAUACUAAAACAAGAAGUUUUGGGAGAUUAUGAUGAAAUGUGUGUUGUGGAACAAAAAGCUACAAAAGAUGAUAUUGUUCCCAAAUUGGAACAUUUCAGUGAUAGUGCUCCUAUGUCAUUGGAAGAAAAUAUUGAUGAAGACCAUUAUGUAUAUAACAGCCAUGCACCAUUUAUAGGAAACAAAAUAAUAUUGGGUUCAAAACCAAGUAAAGAUAGAUGUAAUUUAUCUAAAAGUAAUGUUUCAAACAAUACUGUAAGUCUAUAUAAUACAACAGUGCUAUUAAAAAAUAUAAAACCUUAUUUGACAAACUCUAGAAGGUACUGUGAAUUAUGUUUAAUUCUCUUUUCCACACAAGAAUCUUAUAAAAUUCAUGAAUUAUCAUAUCAUUUGCAUCCAAUCACUCGUACAUCGGAAAUAAAUAAGUAUACAGAAAAUAUAAAAACAAUACCUAACAAUUUUUCAGUUUAUACAUGUCACAUAUGUAAUAAGACAUUUACAACUCUUUCGUACUUAAAUAAACAUAUAAGAAAUAUUCAUUCUACAAAAACAAUUGAAAAUAUAAAUGGGAAACAUGUUCCAAAGCCGAUGGGGUCUUGCUUUCAUUGUAAUGUUAUAUUUCCAAAUGCGCAAUCACUUAUUGAGCAUUUAUAUGAUACAUUGGGAACCAAGAAAACAAAUGAAAUAAGAAAUAAAAAUGCCUUAAAUAACCAAAGCAUAUUCAUAGAUGUUGAACAUUCAAUCUCAGAAAAAAAAGAAAGUAUGCAAAAACAAAAUAGUACAAAUAUUGUCAAAGUAAACGGUAAGAAUGAUGUUUUAAAUUCAAAAGAAGCAGAAACUUUUGUUUACAGGUGCACAGUGUGUUUUUAUUGUUUUUUAAAUGUCAAGAUACUUGUUAGGCAUAUGCUUAGGAAACAUAACAUUAAAAGCCUAGUUUCACAUAAAAAAAUAUUAUAUGACCAAAAAUGCAAGCUAUGCUCAUCUGAAUUUUCGAAGGUUUCGAGGUGUAAUGCACAUAUUCGAAAAGUUCAUAAAAAUGUGUUAGUAUCCAAGACUUUGAAAGAAAUAAUAAAACCAACAAGGCUUUCAAAAAGUCAUAAAAAAUCAGAGAAAGACAGGUCUGCUCCCGCAAUUAACAAUAUAAAUGAAGAUGCUCCUAUUUUAAACACCAAAGAGAAGCAUGUUGAUUAUAUUUCAAAGUGUACUAAGAAGAUUUAUAAAAUUAGAAAUAAAGAUGCUUUAUAUAAGCAAAGUGAGUUCAAAAAAGUUGUACAUUCAGUCUCAGAAAAAAUUGAUAUGGAGCAAAAACAAGUCAUUGAAGACAGCAAAAGUGUUGGAAAAGUGAUCAGUGAAAAUGAAGUUAUGCGUAAACAAGACAUAGAUGAGAGAAGAAAUGAUGAAAGUGUGGUCAGUGAAAGUAAUGGUUUAUGUUCAAAAGAAUCGGAGACUCUUUUAUACAGGUGCAAAACAUGUUCUUAUUGGUUUAAAAGUAUCCCAAUCCUAAAAAGGCACAUGGUUAAAAAACAUAAAAAUAAUGAACCUGCUUCAUCUAAAAAAAUGUUAUUCGACCCAAAGUGCAAGUUUUGCUCAUUAGAAUAUUCAAAUGUAUUUAGAUAUAACCAACAUAUUAGAAAAGUUCAUAGCAAAAUGUUAUUUUGUAAAAUUCCUAAGAAUAAAAAACCAUCUAGCCUUCCAAAAUGCGAUAAAAAUUCAGACAAGGCUGUAUCUGUUAAAACCAACUCAUUGAAUAAAAUAAAUAAAAAAGCUACCAUAGCUAUUAUAGACACCAAAGAAAACCAUGUUAAGUGUAUUUUAAAGUCUGCCUUGUUCCGGUGUAAUAGAUGCGAUAUACAUUUUUUAAAUGCUCAAGUCGCAAUGGAUCACGACAGUCACAUGGAAUUGUUGGUUAAUUGGAAAUGCUUAAUAUGUAGACGUAUUUUCAAGAAAAAUGAUAAAAGCGAUCACAUGGUGCAACAUUCAGUCACAAAUUAUUUUACAGUUUAUGGUAUUUCUGAAUCUACACCAUCUUUAAUCUUAUACAAUUGUCCAAAAUGUAGUGUACACUUUGAUGAAAAAAAAUAUUUGCAACACUUUCCAGUGUGCGAGACGGUUUCUUUUGUGCAUGUAAAAUGUAAAUUUUGUGGUAUUCUCAUAGACAGUAAUCUUGAAUGUUUACAUAAGAGUCAUCAUCGGAAGGGAAAUAAUCUAUCAACUGGUUUCAUUAUUGUGAAAACGGAUAUCAUACAGAAAAAUACCUCAAUACAUGAUACAUUUGGAGAUUCAUUGGAAACGGAGAAAACGAAUGAAAUUAGAAAUGAAGAUGUUGAACAUUUAAUCUCAGAAAAUAAUGAAAUGUUACAAAAAGAAGACAUACAGGAUACAAAUAUUUACAAUGAAGAUUUAAUCGUAAACAAUAAAGAAUUAAGAAUUAGCAAUUUGAGUAAUGACAUGUCGACAGAAGACAAUAAAUUAUUCAAAGUAUAUUAUUGCAAAACUUGUAAAUGUUUUGUAAAUGAACACACUAUUAAAAAACAUAAAAGCACAAAAUGUAAAGAUGGUGAUGAGCCAAUAGUAUGCAUAUUGUGUGGCUUGAUUUAUCCUCGAAAAAAUACGUCUUCGCAUGCAAGAUUACACACUAAGAAAAUAGAUUUAACACUUCAAGAUUUCGAAUUUUUUGAUUUGCAAAGUAAACGGUUAAUAAAUCCCCCAUUUCCUGUAUUUCCACAGUGUAGUGGUUGUAAAAUACAUUUUCCUCGAAAGAAUUGUGUGAUACGACAUUGUUGUGGUGCUGAAGAAUACACUACGUGUUCCACAUGUAAAUUGAAGUUUUCCGAAUUAGGGUAUAAAUUACAUAUGAAUUACCAUAACUUAACCUUCAACCAUUGCAAAUCAUUGACCAAUACAACUAAGAUAUCGAAUAAGUUAACACCAAAUUCUGAACCAAUUGGUAACAUACUGAUAUAUACAUGUAAACUUUGCCAUAUAUCUCUAAGUAAUUAUGAUUUAGUUGUAGAACAUUGUCAAGAGCACGUGAAUUCUGAUAAAAUAAGGGCACCUGCAGACAUGUGCAAAAUCUGUAAUUUAGUAUUUGAUGGUGAAUUUUUCAAGAAUCAUGAAGAAAUUCACUCAAAAAACUUUGAUAAAAACAAAUUACAAAUUAUCUAUUUUGAUACAGUUGGUUUCAUGUCUGAUUACAAAGCAUGGAUUAAAAAAGUGUUCAAUUCCUUUUCUGACGCCGAAAUGCAAAAUAUUGUUGAAAAGUCAGUGUACAAAGAUGAAAAUAAAAUUAAAAUGCAAGUUAUUCAAGAAGGAUCUUGUGAUGUAACACUGUAUAAAUGCGACAUUUGUAAUUGCUUUAUCGACCCACAGACUCUGAUCAAACAUCUUGGAACUGAUUGUCGAACAAUUAGAAAACACACUUGUAAAAUCUGUUUUAUACCAUUUGUUUCACAAGCAUUUCAAUUAAAGCACGAAGAAAUUCAUAAACGACCAUUUAAAGGUUUAAAAUCGUAUAGGAUCGUACUGUUUAAUAGAAAAGAGGACGAAACUUUAAAAAGUUCCUUGUGUACUGAAAAUUGUUUUACUUUAUACAAAUGUGCAAAAUGUAAUGGUAUCGUUCACAAAGAUGAACAAGCAGAUCAUUUAUGUGAUAAAAAAAAUUUAAAAUUAUGUAUCCAAUGCGAACUUUUAAUACAUUCUAAAGAUUUCCAUUUACAUCAAUAUACACAUAAAAAGCUUGAUACGUUUGUCGCCAAAAAUAUAAAAGUUAUAGUUUUUGCUCAAGACAAUGAAAAUAAUGACAAAAAAACACACAGCAAUAAACACUGUCCGCCAAAAAGAAAAAAAUAUGAUUAUGAAAUUUAUAAAUGUAAAAAGUGUCAAAUAUGCGUAAAAGAUGAAGAAGUUUCGCGUAAACAUGUUUGUUCCUCGAGCAUUUCAAAGUCGAUAUGUACCAUCUGCGGACUUUAUUGGGAAAAAAAUAAAUUAAAAAAUCAUUAUGCUCUCCACAAGUCCGAUAGCAACUUCAUAAUUGAUAAUAUUACUUUGAUAGAUAUUGACAAUACAAAGACCAUAAAUACAGAUUGUAAUCUCGCUACAACUUCUAUGAAAAACAGUGUAAUCGAAACUAAUAAAAUGGAACAUACGUCGUCUAACGAAGUAUUACAAAAUACAAAUUCGGUGCGGAAAAAAAUUGUAACUACGAAACUAUAUAGAUGCUUGUGUGGCUUCCAUUUUCUAGAUCUAAGUUCAACAUGGACACACCAAAGUUCUUCGUGCGGUUUAAAACAUAAAAGUAAUGUUCGGCAGGAGUGUUCGAAAUGCGGUCUUUCAUUCAAUCCAAAUGUAUUAUUUAAUCAUUUAGUGAAACAUCAUGGUAACAAAGACAUUACUUAUAAAUUUGAUAUAAUUGAUGUAAUAAAAAAGAAUAAAAAAAAAUCUUGAAACCGAUUGCACAAUAACGCGUGAUGUUUGAUAACUUAAUAGGGUUACUGCCUUACAUUUGUGACCUAACAAACAAGGAUUGUCAUCUUUGCGAUCGACUAUGAGACAGUAAAUGACGAAUAUUUACCCUAACUAUCUUAUUUUUCAUUAUUUUUUGGGAACUCAACAAAGAUGUUAUUAUGAACUUUAUUGUAAGGUUGAUACUACUAAAAUUAUAAUUUAAAUGUUCUCUAUAAUUAAGUAAAAACAGUGUAUGAACAACAUUUACAAUAUACAAUUAUUUAGUUAUUUAUUUAUAAAGCUAACCUUAAACGGUACAUGCAUACUAAACUAACUUUUAAAAUAAACUGUAGAAGAUUACAAAUAAAUGUAAGUUGAUUAUAUUUUUAGAGGUUUUCAAAUUACAUAGCAAGCAUUCAAUACGUUUGAAAUAAGAAUGUGCAAAUCGAUAAAUGUAAUUAAAGCCAGUAAAAGCGAUAAUAAAGUUUAUUUUUGUCUGAAUCUUCGAGUUUUAGAUUAAUACAUAUUUAUGUAAAUAUUUUUGGUCGAAAUUUACUUUUCUAGUAAUUUUUAAAUUGACGCGUACAUUCUUCUUUAACACAAUAUCGAUAGAAAUCAAUAUUCGAUCUGGAACCUGUUUUGCUUUAAUUUAUCUUAAGAUCGCAAAGGAAUUUAAAAACCAAAUUUAUUGUUUAGAGUUUAGAAAACGGUGAAGGUUAUUUUAUUAGUUGCAUAUUGACUAAUUAAAACAAAUUGAAUUUUAAGGAUCGAAUAUUGAUUUAGGUAGUAAAUGGCGUGUUUUAGGUACAAGCUUAAAUGAUUAUUACAUUUAUCUUAUGAGCUAUAAAUUGAAUAAGUGUGUUUCAAAAAGUGGUUUUGUUGAUUUUGUACAUCAUUUGAUUUUUUUUAUUAACUAAAAAAAAAGAUACAUGUUACGUAUUUAUUGUCUACCAAAGUCUAUAAUGUUGUCCACAUAGAAACUAAGAUUGGAAUGAAAUUAUCAAUAAAUAAUGAAGAAGCAAUAAUUGCCUGCAUGUUAGUUUGGCUAAAUGGUAAUGGUUCAACUUGGGCUAGCUUGUAUGAGUUUUGGAAGUGGGUUUAAGGCAUUUUAAGUUAUCUUUAUAUAGUUUGUUUAUUUGCUACCAAAUAAGUGUUUUAUUCCAAAAGUUCGUUUGUUUUUUCAACCAGAUGUCACAGUUUAUCGCUAGAUUAAGCUUAUAAAUAUAAAUAUGAAUUAAAUUAUAUCGUUGCCUCGACUUUCUCGUAUAAUAUAGUUAAAUGUGUCUUUACUUUAUAACAUUCUUAUAGUUAUUCAUUUACCACUAUAAUUAGCGUUAAAUCUUAUUGUAAGUCUGAAGUUUGUACUCUUUAUUAUUUUCAAAUGAAAUAUUCGUUAAGAAAUAAAAGACGUAAUAUUUUUUUAACAAACACCUUUCAUUUUAGUACUCAUAAACAAUACGAACGUAGUUAUUAUACUAAUAGGGGUUAUGCGUCACAACUCUGGUGUUUUAUGACUACUUAAGGGACUUCCUUAGACUUUAAUUUUCGUUAAGAACUAUUCAGCAACCCUUAACCCUUUUACUGGUGGUGGCAAUAUGUGUGCCACCAACAUUUAUUAUGAUUUUUUCCACUUUGUAGCACUAAUACCUUAAAACAUGUUUUAAAUUAUUACACCAACUGCAAGAGGAAAAUCCAU